CGGUCCCAAGCAGCGAUAGGUCCUUGAAAACUUAUGCAGGGUUUGGUCGCCGUUUAUCGACUUAUGAGGAAGUUUUCAGAUAAAAAACAAACGGUUUUAUUCACUGUCAGUUAUUGAAUGGCACUCGAUUUGACUUUGGUGUGUUUAUCUGAACUAAACAGACUCUGCUUUCAUCGUGAUAUUCCAUGACUGCGAUGACCUGCAAACUGAGUGGCCUGUUUAGCCUGGAUGAGGACUUUGACGAUGAGGAUGUACUGGGGACAGACUGGAGCGCCUGCCCAGUCCCAGGAUCAGCCAACAUGGCAGCUGCUGUGCCAUCAUGCACCCUGCGGGCUUCCUCUGUUGCUCACAGAGAACAGGAGAAAAUAUGCCACAAGCCAACGGGAGAGAAACCGGCUGGACUGUGCAAUGGCAUGGUGUCAAGGGGCAGUGGUGCUGCACAAACUGUUGCUUUGGGUUUGAGGCAGAUCUCUUCCUCCUCCACUACGCCUGCCUCCCCUCUCCUUUCCAACUGUAUGCCUCUACAGAGUCUGGCCCACACCGAGGGGCCGAGGACUCCCUGUGCGCCUCAGGAUGAUUUUGAUGAUUGGGAUGUCGACCUGGCUGACUUAGAUGAAUGUGACAACCAAACGAUGCUUCAGUCGAAGCCUGUAGCAGCCGAGCCUCCGUCAUCAGUAAAGACAUUGAGACCUUCCACCUAUGUAAGCAGCCAGAAGCCUCCUAAUAAGAGCCUACGGGGGACAAGUGUUACAUCUCAGACUCCAAACUGCUCUAGUUAUAAAGCACCUUCCCAAAGCCUCUCUGCUACACAUAUUCGAUCUCCAAGUUCCUGUCCUACUUUCCCUGCUGUUCCUCCACGGAGUCCUGCUGUUUGCCUGGCUGCGACCUCCCCAGCACCCAGCAGCUCUUUCAGCUAUACUCGUCUGCAGAAUCCUUUGGCUACUCCACAAGCGUCCUCUCAGGCUCGCAGCCUCUUUAAUACUGUCUCCCCAGCACCAGCCCCUUCAGCGAACGCCUCCGCUUUGAGCCCCCAUCCCAUGCACACGCCGGUCCUCACCAAUCGCCUGGUCCAGCUGGUGUCUGCAUCCAGCAAGCUGCCCAAGAAGAGGCGUUGCUCUGAGGCUCACCAGCCCAGGACGAGGCGCUUCCCCGGUCCUGCAGGACUCCUGCCUCAGCAGCCUCAGGGUCAGAAUCUGGACCAGAUCGUGGUUUCGGUUCCUCACACUCCUGUUCACGGGGCUGUGGCUCGACAGCCGAGUCAGUGUUCCAGCUCACAGUCUGAGGAAGAGGAGUUCAGCGGCCGUGCCUGGGCAGCGAUGAAGGCUGAGAUGGGUUUGGAUGAGAGAAAUCCUUCAUGCUUCCUGCACACCUACAGCGUCGUCAUGGUGCUAAGAAAGGCUGCUCUCAAACAGCUACCAAGAAACAAAGUGCCCAACAUGGCCGUGCUGCUGAAGAGCAUCAUCCACACCAACGCCGACGCUAAGGCUGUGUUUAAAGACCCUACAGGGGAGAUUCAGGGAACUGUGCAUCGGCGUCUUUUAGAAGAAAGAUCUGAGGAUUUAAAAGCUGGAGUUGUGCUGCUCCUAAAACAGGUGGGUGUUUUCUCUCCAUCCCACCGUAACCACUACCUGAACGUGACGGCCAACAACCUGCUGAGGAUCUACUCCCCCGACGGAGUCAGUCUGUCCACUCAGCUCCCCCCGUUAGUCUUGGAGCCAGCCACGUCGCCACCUGCCGGGGCUCCAGGCAUCCCCCGGGGGCCCGUGUCUCGGAUGCAGCUGGAGUUCGACGAAGAGGAGGACGAGGGAAAAAAGGCUGAGGAAGGCAGAGCCAAUCAGGGGCAGGAGGACAAAUCGGUCAGCCCCAGCACAGAUCUCCAUCGGAGUUUUGGGAAUCCAGCUCAGCAGGACGCAGACUGGGAUGCAGAUGAUGACCUGGAUGAACUGCUGGGAGAGAUACAGGAAGACACGUUCAGCUUUUGACAUCGACUUUACAUCAAACCAUCACCGUUCACAUCUUUAGCUGGCUCGAUCUGCUAACAUUAAAGUCACCUUCAAAAGUAUCUGUAAAAAUAUGUAUAUUUUAUGUUCCUUUUUGAUAAACCAACUGUAUUUAAGUUCUGGAAUGACUCUCAUGUAUCACUGAAUACUGAUGUCACCUUAACGAAGCAAAUGCUCUUUAGUUCCACCACUUCAGACCACUGACUGACAGCAGUUUGUUUUUGUAAUUAUGCUGCAUUAAAGGGGAGCCUUUGUUAC